AUGAAAUCUCGGGUGGAGAAGCGUCGCAGGGAGAGGAUGAACCACAGCCUGGAGCGCCUGAGGCUGAUGCUGCUGCAGGCGCCACGGCAACCGGGUGGGUCUCAGCACCGGGUGGAGAAGGCGGAGAUCCUGGAGCACACCGUCCUCUUCCUGCGGAGCACUGCCGAGGGAGAGGAGACGAGAGCCUCCUCCUCCUCCUCCUCCGCCGCCGCCGCUGCUUCUCCUCCUUCCGGUGGUGGUGACGGAGGCCGGACACACUCCCUCCACGACGGCUUCUCCACCUGCCUGCAGGCGGCGGCUCGGUUCCUGGGAGCCGAGGGCAAAGGCCUCUGGCUCGGAGCGGCGGCGCUGGACGCGGCGUCUCUCGCCGCCAGCCUCUCCCGCUCAGACCCGGAGCCCGGCAAGUCCGAGGCCGCCGCCGCUCGCCCCGGGAGUCGCCCGGAGGCCCCGAGACAAAACCCGGCCGAGACGCGACCGGCGAGCAAACCGAGUCCGGCCGCCAGCGGCCCGGUCGGCCAGACUUUGUGGAGGCCCUGGCCCUGA